ACAUCUCCCAAAAGUAUUGAAGAAAUAAACGGGGUGAAGAGAAACAGCUCAUCACUGACACGACCCGACCACACCUCCACGCUCAGACCACGGUUGGCGUUGGAGCCACUCGGUCACUGCCGACGAUCACAGAUUCGCACCGCCUUAUGAUCCUUCCUAUAAAGAUUUGAUUAAAAAAAGUCACUUUACCCAGAAAAAAUCUACAUUUUCCCCUUUUUCUCUUUUGUUUCCGGCCAGCCGCUCAUUUGCAGAAGAACUCCCUUUCUCUGUUGAACUAACGAUCUCAAGUUUCAAACAGCAGGUUGGUUGUACUGAGGCUUAUUUGGAUUUUGUUUCGAAGCGAAAAAUCGAAGCUUUAUUUGGAAGAGAUGGGGUAUAUUGGGGCACAUGGUGUGGCUGCUUUGCAUAAAUACAAGUACAGUGGCGUGGAUCACUCUUACACUGCCAAAUAUGUCUUGCAACCCUUUUGGAGUAGCUUCGUUAAAAUCUUUCCUCUUUGGAUGCCGCCCAACAUGAUAACUUUAACAGGAUUCAUGUUCUUGCUCACAUCCGCUCUGCUUGGUUAUAUAUAUUCACCACGACUGGAUUCAGCUCCUCCUAGAUGGGUUAAUUUCACUCAUGGAUUGCUACUUUUCUUAUACCAGACCUUUGAUGCCGUUGAUGGGAAACAAGCAAGACGGACAAAUUCGUCAAGUCCACUGGGGGAACUUUUUGACCAUGGUUGUGAUGCCCUUGCCUGUGCGUUCGAAGCAUUGGCCUUUGGAAGUACUGCGAUGUGUGGAAGAUCUACUUUCUGGUUCUGGGUGAUUUCAGCGGUUCCAUUUUACUUUGCUACUUGGGAGUCUUACUUUACCAAUACCCUAAUCCUUCCUGCUGUUAAUGGACCCACGGAGGGUCUAAUGCUGAUAUAUGUUGCCCAUUUUUUCACAGCUAUCGUUGGUUCUGAGUGGUGGGCUCUACAAUUUGGAAAGUCUUUGCCUUUUCUGAGUUGGGUCCCCGUUCUUAGUGAAAUCCCAACAUACAAAGCUGUGUUGUAUCUAAUGAUAGCUUUUGCUGUCAUCCCAACGCUCACAUUCAAUGUGUCCAAUGUUCAUAAGGUUGUUCAAGCAAGGAAAGCAAGUAUGCUAUUGGCACUGGCAAUGAUUUACCCUUUUGUAGUCCUUUUGGUAGGAGUUUUGGCAUGGGGUUACUUGUCACCAGCUGACAUUAUGGGGAACUAUCCACAUUUAGUCGUUCUGGGAAGUGGGCUUGCUUUUGGGUACCUUGUGGGAAGAUUGAUUCUUGCGCACUUGUGUGAUGAGCCAAAGGGUUUGAAAACUGGAAUGUGCAUGUCAUUGUUGUAUCUUCCAUUUGCCAUUGCAAAUGCACUCACAGCUAAACUGAACGAUGGAGUUCCUUUGGUUGAUGAGAGUUUGGUUCUUCUUGGUUACUGUGCGUUUACAGCGACGCUCUAUCUUCACUUUGCAACAUCAGUCGUUCAUGAGAUCACAACAGCCUUGGGAAUCUAUUGCUUUAGGAUAACUAGGAAGGAAGCAUGAGUGAUGCUGGUGUCAACUUUAGGGUACCUUUUAUUCUCGGUUCAUGUAUUGUUACGAUAAACAGUACAUUAGAAAUACUGACAUUGCAUCCAUUUUCUCCUCUCUCGACAUCUUUUUCAAUUUUUGUUUCAGCCCUGCGGGCUAAGUCGAGAAUGAUGCAGCUCGAGCGAGGUUUCUCGUCGGUAUAAUUUUGCUAAGAUGAGCGCAUAGAGUGAUUAAAAUCCAUUUCAAUUCAUUCUUGCUGUUGUAUAAGACUACGUUUUGUUUCUUUCCGAAUAGAGUUACCGAUUUAGGCAUAUUUUCUCUUAGCUUUGAUGCAUCAUUUGAAAUUUAUGUACGUACCAAGUUUGAGCA